GGGGGUGGGGGGGAAGGCACAAAAGCCGAGUGCGGACCUGAAGGGAGACCAGAGGCGGCCACGUGGAGCAGGAGGGCUUUUAAACGGCCGGAGCCGGCAAGCGGGCCGCAGCCCACGCGGGAAGGAGAAGCAGCUGCGCGACCCGGUCCUCUUGAGUAGGCGAGGACUCGGUUGACGUUGCAGGCUGCACAAAGGAUCGCGCGACCGGCUUGAGUGCCCUUUCGGAGAGGAGGAUCGAUUUCUUGCUUCCCACGUGGCGCCGGAAAGGCGGCUUUAACUCCCCGGGUUGGGUCCUUUUUUCGGACAUUGACCAAAGUUUUGCUCCGCUCUCUCGCCCGGCUGGUUAUUUGUUUUCGCGCCUCCUUUAAAGAGAAAGUUCCGCGCGAACUGAAGCGAGCGCGGCUCGGCUCGGCGCAGAGAAUCGCCCGCGCCCCUCGGACCAUGGCUGCGGAGAAAGACGCGCCCAACGGGGACGUGGGCGCGGCGCACGGCCAGGCCGAGGCCGAGGCCGAGGCGCGCCCGGGCGCCUCCCGGCUGCGCGGCUGCCUGCGGGCCAACCUGCUGGUGCUGCUGACGGUGGCGGGCGUGGUGGCCGGCGUGGCGGUGGGGCUGGGGGCGCGGCAGGUGCCCGGCGGGCUGACCCCCACCCAGGUGCUCUACUUCUCCUUCCCCGGCGAGCUGCUGCUGCGCCUGCUGAAGAUGAUCAUCCUGCCGCUGGUGGUGUGCAGCCUGGUGGCCGGCGCGGCCAGCCUGGACCCGGCCGCCCUGGGCCGGCUGGGCGGCUGGGCCAUGCUCUUCUUCCUGGUGACCACCCUGCUGGCCUCCUCCAUAGGCGUCGCCCUGGCCUUCAUCGUCAAGCCCGGCGAAGGCGCCGCGCCCCCCACGCAAGUGGGGCAGGCCUCGGAGGUGCUCCCGUCCAAAGACGUGGCCGAUUCCUUCCUGGACCUCAUCAGGAACAUUUUCCCUUCCAACCUGGUAUCUGCUGCAUUCCGAUCGUAUGCGACUACUUACGAGACGAUCAAAAAGAACAUAACAGGCGAAGAAGGCGUCAUCUCUGAAAACGUCACCAUGCAGAAGGUCCUUAAAGGUGGAGAGGUCGAAGGGAUGAACAUUCUGGGCCUUGUGGUCUUUGCCAUCGUCUUUGGGAUUGCCCUGCGGAAGCUCGGGGCAGAAGGGGAGAUCCUGGUCAAGUUUUUCAAUUCCUUCAAUGAGGCCACUAUGGUGCUGGUCUCCUGGAUCAUGUGGUAUGCUCCCCUGGGUAUCAUGUUCUUGGUCGCUGGCAAGAUAGUGGAAAUGAAGGACGUUGUGGCCCUCUUCACCAGCCUGGGCAAGUACAUCUGCUGCUGCUUCGUGGGACACGCCAUCCACGGUCUCAUCGUCCUGCCAGCCAUCUACUUUGUCUUCACUCGCAAGAACCCCUACCGGUUCCUUUGGGGCAUCUUCACGGCCCUGGCCACUGCCUUCGGCACUUCCUCCAGCUCUGCCACACUGCCUCUGAUGAUCAAAUGCGUCGAGGAGAACAAUGGUGUCUCCAAGCACAUCAGCCGCUUUAUCCUGCCCAUCGGAGCAACGGUCAACAUGGACGGGGCAGCCCUCUUCCAGUGCGUGGCCGCCGUCUUCAUCGCCCAGCUGAACAACAUGCCCCUCAACUUCAUCCAGGUCAUCACCAUUCUGGUCACGGCAACAGCGUCCAGCGUUGGGGCAGCCGGGAUUCCUGCAGGCGGCAUUCUCACCCUCGCCAUCAUCUUGGAGGCUGUUGGGUUGCCCACCAACGACAUCUCUCUCAUUCUGGCAGUUGACUGGCUCGUGGAUCGCACCUGCACUGUCCUUAACGUGGAGGGGGAUGCCUUCGGCGCGGGUCUCCUGCAAGCGUACACAGACAGGACGAUGGGCAGGGUGGAGGCAGAAGAGCUGGUGGAGAUCAAGACGGACGCGGAAGACGGCAGCAAGCGGGCGGAUGCCCAGGAGGGCUCUCCGCUGAUCAAGAGAGGAGGCGUGCCUGCCUCUUUAGUACGCGUCAACUCUUGCGAGAAGGAAUCCGUGAUGUAACUGGGGGGAUGAAGCCUGGACGACAUGGAGACUUUUUUUUAAAAAAAAGUUUUAAAGUUCGAAUGUUAAGGACCGCGUUCAAAUCUGCCCUAUCCUUUGAGACUUGAACUUGCCACAAGGCGGGGCAGCAGGUGAUGGGGACUCUUUGUGCUGCCUCCUUAUGUCCAACUGCUCAGGCUUCACACAGCGUAAAACUCGGAAGGGUUACGGGUGCGAGGGCUCAGUCCUGCCAGGGAACUGUCUGUCCUGGAAGCUUUUGCCCCUCAGUAGAUAGCAGGGGUGGAAACUGCAGUGGCCGCAGCUGCUUCCUGGUGAGAGAAAAGACAUUCUGCACAUCCUCAGAGGCUCUCUGCUUUACACGUUCCAGACUGAUUUCCCCCCAGCAUUUAACUCUUGAAUCCACAAGAUGAAAAAUGGCAGCUGGGUCCAGGGAGGCCUCCCUCCGAAUCACUCCUUUCUCCUGUUGGUGACCUCCAGCUGUCUUGCUGCUCUUAAAUUUUAUUUUAAAUAUAUUUUUGGACCAAACAAGCAAAAAAGAACAUCUCAAAAGUC